AUAAGACAGAUAAGUACAUAGAAAUAAAAUAAACCAAACAGUUGUUUAUAGUGGGUAAUUUUAAUGAAAAGGUUGAAGAGAGAUGAAGGAAUAAGAAAGGACUUAGCAAAAGACAUUAAACUGGAACUGUUUAACGCGUUGGCAUCAGGAAGCGUUGACGGCGUCGCGACGCCCUCGAAAUUUAGGCAUUGUGUAUCGUACGAAGUGAGAAGGAGGGAGCAUCGCGACGCCACCGCGGGUCCCUAUUACCAGCCAUAAACGAGACUCAGAGGCGCAUAACGAAUAGAACAGAGUAUCGUAAACUGCUAAUAUAACCGAGCAGUAGUAGUGGUAGUACGUGGUGGCGACGUCGUCGUCGUCGUCGUCGUCUGGUGCAGCUUCUGCAUCGCAGGAUUCGUUUCGUCCCGGUUUCGCACUGAACGAACACGAACAGGACGGACGUAGCUUUCGUAUAGCCUACGGAGGCUGCUAUCAAAACUCACUUCCACGAGUUAUAGCCGCAUAAAACACGGUUGCACUGUACACUCCGCACAUGCACAUUCCCCCACCGUUCAAGUCGUAAAUGGUCGUACCCUUUGCCCCGCCACAGCCGUUCGCGAUGCAAUCCUGCACAACUUCACUCCACUUUGGCAUUGCAAGACCGAUAGUUCAUUUUCUAGCAGAGACAGUUCAUAUAAGCGUGUGUCCACCUAGACAGCCGCCGGUUGAUACUUAGAAUACCAAAAACCUUGUUCUCCCUAUCGUACUCGUCGUCGUCGACGUCGUACACGUGGACCUCACGUUCAGUGCUACUCUCACGUUGUCUCCUACUCUCUAUACACCGCCAACAGUGCCUCGUGCUCUCGCAACUGCUGACAGUUCUCUCUUAACCUGUUGCUCGCACGCAACAUAUAAAUCCGGGGAUUCCGGGGAUCCAAAAAAAAGAUCAAAUUUUAAUUAUCCUCCCUCACUUAGAAACAUUAAUAAAAUUAAAAAAAUAAAUAUUAUAAUAAACUCUUUCAAAAACUUUAAAUUACAACCGUGAUUUCUUCAUUUCCUUGAAUUCGUUGUUAGUGGUGAUCAUGUCCGAUCAACAGGAUUACGAGACGAAGAUGGACCUAAACGCGUCUAGUACAUCGAGCAGUCCGAGGACACCGCCAAAUUGCGCUCGAUGUAGAAAUCACCGGGUAAAAGUCCCGCUGAAGGGCCAUAAAAGAUACUGUAAGUACAGGCAUUGCAAGUGUGAAAAAUGCCGGCUUACUUCCGAAAGACAGAGAGUGAUGGCAAUGCAAACCGCACUUCGUCGAGCACAAGCUCAAGACGAAGCAAUGUUAAGGCAAGGGGUGAUUCCCCAAUCGAAAAGCCCUGCACCGCUUCAUAGUGGCCCCGACCGAACAUACGAAUGUGAAUCACCAGGAUCUUCAUCAACACCAACUUUUCCGGAAGUUGUCAGGAAAGCGCCGAUGGAACCAAUCAGAGAUAAUUUGGGGAAUAACAAUAUUGGCCAAAAAGAUUUAAUUCAAGAAAGCUUACAACUAUUAGAAAAGUUCCGAUAUUCGUGGGAAAUGAUGCCAUUGAUUUAUGCGAUAGUCAAAGACACUCCAGAUCUCGAAGAAGCGUCAAAACGUAUAGAUGAAGGUAGAGAUGCUGAACAACUGGUGGAUUUUUUUAAUAAAAUAAAGGAUAGGUUUCACUUAUCCUGGAAAAUGAUCUCACUUAUCCACGUCAUCCUAAAGAACGCUAAGGACGAUCAGGAGAAAGCUUUUAGACAAAUCGAUGAAGCAUUCCUGGAGGUACAGGCUUUAGCAAAAUACUAUCCAACACCGGUUAACCUCAUCACUGACCCAUGGAGAUGGUAUUCACCUACAGCACUUUACCCGGCGAUGUACUAUCAACUACCUAAUACCCUUCUUGGAAAUAUUCCACCGAGUCCACCUUUACAUUCACCGGUACCACCCCCAAGACCUAGAAGUAGAGCGUGAUGGUUUCCUAUAACUUCAAUAGAGACCUUUAGUGAAAAAUUAUAAAUUUAUAUGUAACAACAUCCAUAGUUCAUUAUAAUUUUAACCAAUUUAGAAAGAAAAUAAUCAAUAUGCUCUUCACUUAUUUAAACAAAUCUAUAGAAGAAAGAAGAAUCAUAGAUAUACAAAGGACUUUAUAAGAAGAAAGUAAUAAUAUUAUGCAUAUCUUAUGUGUACCAUUCAACCAAAAAAAGAAUUAAAUAAAAACCUCCAUCAUAAAAUUCACGCUACACUUUAUAAUAAGAAUAGUUCACCUCUAAGUAGUACAUAAAAAAUAUAUAUACAAAAAUAAUCAUAAAUAGUUGUGUCGUAGGAUAUAUUAGUGCCAGUUUUGCUUGUCAUAUUAUAUCAAUGUUCCUAGUAAUCGUAAAAAGCACAUUAAACCAGGACUUUCUCUCUCUUUCGUACACUCUCGAUAUAAUGAUAUUCUUUAAUUGUUAACGAUUUCUUUAAACGAGGCUUCUUAAUUAUUUAAAUCGAUGUAUUUAGUAUAUUUUUACGCGUUUUAUGUGA